AUGUCUGACCAUUGUGAGAUUCUUGUUGAGAUGAUUAAACAACAAUCAAACUCAACAAAAGCAAUCAAGUUAAUCCAAAACACAAUUGAAAAGUCUGAUAAGAGUUAUGAAGCCAAAACCAAAAUGAUUGAAAAUGGGAUAAUUGAAUGUUUAAUAAAACAAUUAGUUGGUUGUGGUGAUGAAAAUAUCUUACAACUACUCAAUUGUAUUGCAGAGAAUUGUCAGUACGCACAACAAAGAAUGGUGUCAUGUGGUAUUCUUCAAACUCUCUGUGAACUUUGUACUUCCACAGAUUCAAUAUUAAUUAAAUCAUUGUCAAGUUUGUUACUGUGGAAUUUAUCAGAUGAAAUAUCAGAUAAUGAUGACAUUAAUCAAAUUAUUAAAACCAUCACUAAUAUCAUUGACCCAUUAUCAUCUGAUGAUAGUUUAAUCAUCAAUUCACUUGGGGCACUUCAUUCAAUGACUAUUAAUCCAACACCAAUCAAAGAAGACAUUGUUAAUAAAAUGGUUCUUGUUAUUACAUCUUUAAAACAAAGUGAGAGGGUUAUGUUAUUUGUGAUUAGAAUUUUAACUAACCUCCUUGCGUUUCAACAAUUUCAAACAACAACAUUCAAUAAAAUUAAUCAAUUUAUUAAUACAACAACCUCUCGUUUUCUGUUAGAUUCAUUAAGUCUUGAUAUUACAUUAUCAACAUCCACUCAAAAUCCAGAUGAAAUGACAACAACAUAUAAAAAGAAGAUUGUUAUGAUACAAGCAAUUGAAAAUGCAUUAACAGUAUUAUCACAAUUUGUUCCUAUCAAUGAUGAAUAUAUUACAACCUUUCUCACUUAUUCAUCAGUUCCAUUCCUCACUGAAUCUCUUGCACGGUUAUUGGUAAAUGUUAGAAUUGAUAUUAGACGGGUUGAGCAAUUUAUCAUUAACAAUUUAAGCACAGAUGAUCCAAAAUUUCUCUUUUUAUUAUACAAUAUCAUUCAUAAUAAUGAACCAACUACACUUUCACAAGAUCUUCGUUUAGAAUUGAUUAACACAAUUGAUAAAUUCAAUGAUAUUCAAUGCAGGUCAAUGCUUCUUUCUAUAUUUUCUAAAUUUACAUUUCCUGAAGCAAAUCAAAUCAUUCCAAAGAUUUUAAAGUAUACUAAAGAACCAUGGCUUUCAAAACAUGUUAUUAUGGCAUAUUCUAAUCUUUUAUUAUCAACACCAGCACAACAAGAUGAUGUUGUCUGUUUUAUUGAUUUGUCAAAUGAUAUAAGUCUCUACAACGAACUUACAAAACUUUUUAUGGUUUUAGCGUCACAACAAAAUAGUAAGGUAUUUGUAAAGAAUGGAGGAAUUGAAGCAACACUUGGAAUAAUUGAAAGAAGUGUUGAUAAAGAGAUUAACAAACGAUGUGUAGGGAUUAUUUAUUUGGCACUUGGAUAUAAUGAAAAUACAAUAGAAGACAAAACAAUUAAAAAGAUUAUUGAAACAGCACAAAAUACACAGACAUAUGGAAUUUUGUUACCAAUUGUUCAGUAUGGUCAUGAAAUUGAAAGAUUAUACAAAAUAGCAAUUUGUCUCAGUGAAAAAGUAGAAAUAGAACAAGAAAAAAUUGGGAUGUACUUGUUACGGGGAAUUUCAAGAAAAAAAGAAUGGACUAAGAAAAUUAAAAAAAAUGAAAUUGGAAAUAUGAUUAUAAGAGUUACAAAACAAAGUAAGAAUGAACAUAUUGUUAGAAUUUGUGUUUGUUUGAUGAAAGACUAUGACAUUAAUGAAAUUGAAUUAAUUUCACAAUUCAUUGAUAUCAUUAAACAAUGGAAAAACCAUCAACAUUUAGUUAAAAUAUUUUUCAAACACAUCGUGCGUGUUCAGAACUAUUAUCAAAAACAAAAUGUUAAAAUUCCUGAUAUUGUGAAUGAUCUAUUGAAAAUGUUAGAUGAAGGAAUGAGAGAGAAAAUGAAGUUAAUUCAAAUUGGAUUACAAAAAACAAAAUAA